UUUAGUGCUGUCUUUUUCUCUCUUGUCCGCCUCAUCUCCAACUCCCUUUCACCUUCUUUUCCGUAACCCUUUCCCUCAUAAAAGCGAAGCCUCCCACCCUCCUUUUCAUCUACCCUCACCACUUUCUUUCUACUUUCAUUUCAGCGAUCGAUCUCCUACCCCAUAACGCAUAAAACUUACUUAAUUGUUACGUACCCCAGAGCAGACAGAGGAUUUGCCCUUGUUCUGAAUCGAUCAUAAAGCAUGGGGUUCUCCGAGAAGGCACUGCAGGCUGAUGGAGGCUUGGAAAACGACGGAAAAAAAUGGGUUAUUGCUGGAAUCCCGUUACGAGCUCCUUUGAAGCAGAUAUAUACAAGUUUCCCAGAGGAUUGGCCAGCCAGUGACGGCCAAGAAGACUGUUCCACGACGCCCACUGGAGAGGAAAAUAGGAUCCCAACCAGGCUGACGUGUCCGCCGGCUCAAAAGAGAAAGCCUUCUUUGAAGUGUAACUAUGCCGGUGUCAGGGAGUUCUUUACGCCUCCGGACUUGGAGACUGUGUUCAUACAGAGAGCUAGCUGAUUAUUGCUUAGUAAUUGCAGGGAGAGUUUCGAUUAGUUUGUUUAGUCAGCAAACUUUUCUUCUAUAGCUUUGUCCCCUUUGGUUUCUUUCUUUAAUUUCUCGUUAAUUUUCUGACUUUGUUAGGCUUCUUGUAGUGGGGGCGGUAGGAGUUUAAUUAUGUACAGGCUCUUACAAAAAUAUAAUAAAAUGGCAAUUUAGCUUUA